GUCAUUAUGAAUUCCGUGAGAUGGCAGUUACACUUCAUACGGAUUUGGGUGAUUUGAAGAUAGAACUAUUUUGCAUGCAAGCGCCCUUAGCCUCUGAGAAUUUCUUAGCCUUAUGUGCCUCGGAUUAUUAUAAAGGGUGUAUAUUUCAUCGUAAUAUCAAAGGAUUUAUAGUUCAGACUGGAGACCCUACUGGAACUGGGAAAAAUGGUCAAAGUAUAUGGAAAAAGAAGUUUAAAGAUGAAUUUCAUGACUCACUGAGGCAUAAUGCUCGAGGAAUUAUAUCAAUGGCAAAUAAUGGUCCAGAUUCAAACGGUUCUCAAUUUUUUAUCACCUACAGCAAGCAAACAAUGUUAGAUAUGAAAUACUCGAUUUUCGGAAAAGUUAUCGAUGGAUGGAAUGUUUUGGAUGAGUUGGAACGUUCGCCGGUUGAAGAAAAGACUUACAAGCCUUUGACUGAUAUUCAUAUACAAAAUAUAACAAUUCAUGCCAAUCCGUUUGCAGAAUAAACUGCCAUAUACUUGUUUGAAGAAGUGAUUCUGUCAGAAAUCGUGAAUACAUGUAUAAAUUUGUG